AUGCAGGUAAUUAAACCAGGUAGAGCCUUUGUUAGCUACCUGCUCAAGCUGGCACAUUCUGUCCCCCAGCUACAUCACCAUGUCAAUAUUACCCAGGAGUGCAAACUAGACUUCUCGAUGUGGCGUUCAUUUUUAACAGACUGGAAUGGCAUAUCAUUCUUCUACGAGGACGAGAUCGCAGCACCAGAGAUAGAACUCUACACAGAUGCAGCAGCAUCCAUCGGUUAUGGUGCUUAUUAUCAGGGUAAAUGGUUCGCACAGCAGUGGCCAACAGACUUGCUCGAUAUCCUGAAUGGUGACCUGUCAAUAGCACUACUUGAACUGUAUCCAAUUGUCAUGGCUGCUGCAAUUUGGGGAAAUUACUGGUCAAGGAAAAACAUUAAAUUCCAUUGUGAUAACAGUAGCACCGUAGAGAUCAUCAAUAAGUGUAGAUCAAAAUCACCUUUCAUCAUGAGACUGGUCAGAAAGCUCGUACUGACCGCUGUUUGUGGUAACUUCCAUUUUGUUGCUGCUCACGUACCAGGUAAAGAUAACUGCAUAGCUGAUUCUUUAUCUCGAUUACAGAUGGACAGAUUCAAGGAGCUAGCUCCCAAGGCAGACAGUGUGCCUACCCCAUUUCUUCCAAUCACAGCAAUCACCAUUCCACCUGCUCAGAUCUCAACAAACUCUGGUCACAAGCACUCUCAACGAAAACGCAGGCGGUUUAUAAAUCAGGACUUCAUAAUUUCCUGA